CGCCCCCAUCGACUUCUACAGACUGGGCCAACACGUUUAUUUUUAAAAGCUUCCUGGCCGCUUUCGUGCCCGCGGAUGACAAUUUAGCUCCGCAGCCCUUAGUCAGCUCCCCCGCCUCGGAGGCGGCCUCGAGCGUUUCUCCGCCUUACGGAAAGCGUCCUUCCGGCCGACGGCGGCCCCAGCCCCUCCGGUGCGGCCAUGGGGACCCCGGUGGGCUCAACUCGGCGCCGCGGGGCGGGGAAAGGUGUGGGGCUGGAGACCAGCCUCGCCCGCUGUCACGACAACCUGCUGUCACAGACCCUGAAAGGUGGUGGCCGAUGCUUGUCCGCAGAAUCUGAGUGAGUCUCCAUCGUGACCCAUGAGCGCAGUGGCCAACUGUUUCCCGGGGCUUGUUUGUUUCCGCCCGGUUCUCCCUAGGGGCCGACACACUUCCUAGACUGAAUGUUCGCCCCGGGCGCAGUUACGUAAGAGGAGGGUUAAGUGCGGGCCCACCCGAGCGAAACCGAUUUGAUUGGCAGGAAGCCCUGGUAUCGCCGGAAGAACGUCUUUGAUGGACAGGUAAGGUGAAUGCUGAGGACAGAAGAGUCGGAUGACAGGGUCUACUGAGUUUCUUUGUUCGGAGGACACGUUAUGAACCCUUUCUGGAGCAUGUCUACAAGCUCUGUACGCAAACGUUCUGAUGGCGAAGAGAAGACAUUAGCAGGGGAUGUGAAAACCAGCCCUCCACGAACUGCACCAAAAAAACAGCUGCCUUCUAUUCCCAAAAAUGCUUUACCCAUAACUAAGCCUACGUCUCCUGCCCCAGCAGCACAGCCAACAAACGGCACACAUGCUUCUUACGGGCCCUUCUACCUGGAAUACUCUCUGCUCGCGGAAUUUACCUUGGUUGUGAAGCAGAAGUUACCAGGAGUCUAUGUGCAGCCGUCUUACCGCUCUGCAUUAAUGUGGUUUGGAGUAAUAUUCAUACGGCAUGGGCUUUAUCAGGAUGGCGUGUUCAAGUUUACAGUUUACAUCCCUGAUAACUAUCCAGAUGGUGACUGUCCACGCUUGGUGUUCGACAUUCCCGUCUUCCACCCGCUAGUUGAUCCCACUUCGGGUGAACUGGAUGUGAAGAGAGCAUUUGCAAAAUGGAGGCGGAACCACAAUCAUAUUUGGCAAGUACUAAUGUAUGCAAGGAGGGUUUUCUACAAGAUUGAUACAGCAAGCCCCUUAAAUCCAGAGGCUGCAGUACUGUAUGAAAAAGAUGUUCACCUUUUUAAAAGCAAAGUGGUCGACAGUGUUAAGGUGUGCACUUCGCGUUUGUUUGAACAGCCUAAAAUAGAAGACCCCUAUGCAAUUAGCUUUUCUCCAUGGAAUCCUUCUGUACAUGACGAAGCCAGAGAGAAGAUGCUGACUCAGAAAAAGCCUGAAGAACAGCACAAUAAAAGUGUUCAUGUUGCUGGCCUGUCAUGGGUAAAGCCUGGCUCAGUACAGCCUUUCAGUAAAGAAGAAAAAACAGUAGCAACUUAAGGGAUGAUGAAUCUGGUGCACCAUGCACUUUCCUGCUGGACUCUGGCCUAGUCAAAGCUGACUGACGGCGAAGAGCUGCCUGAAGAGUAAACGAUGUGAACAGUGACUGGUUACCGUGUUUCCCAUGUAUGUGUAGGUUCUAACAGCAGGGUUCAGAAACCUCUCUUUAAGUAAUGCAUUACUUCUGUCGGAAGUGUCUUAGGGUGGUUGUCUAGAUCAAUACUCCAAAUUAUUGGGGAUCUUGAGGCUUAAGUAUUUUUCUGAAUAUAAUGCUAAAGGUAAGUUGCAUUCACUUAAACUAAUAGAGCAGACCAAAAUCAGCACUAUUUAAUAGUUUUAAAUCUGUGGUUUCAGUUGUACGUAUGGUAGGAUAUGACAAGGACAGGUCUAUAUAGAGAGAGCAGAUUCCAGAGCUUAGCACUUUGAAGUGGAAGAUUGUUUGAAUCCCAGUCUCCAGCCUACUGUCUAACGGAUCUACAAACUGCUGUCUCUAGAAACAAGAGUGAGAGGAAACCAGAAUGCUUGUUCAUAGUGUUUUUUUAAAGCAAAUUACUUACUGUAUUUUUAUGGCAGGAGGGAGGAAAAAGUGUUAAAACGGUUUCUAAUGAAGUCAGAUAUUUAAACGACGAAUGACUAAUGUGUUUAGUAGAGACAAAAUAAACGAAUAAAUGAU